GAGCAGCAAAGGCUGCGGGAAGAGUCUGCAGGCCGAGAUCACAGUAGAGGAAGAAAACGCAGACGUCACAUGGAGAGAUGCACCCAGCAGCAGCUGCCUUACUACUAAUCACACAUUAACAUAAACCAGCCACCACAAGCUAACCAGGACAUCUAUUUGCGUUAGAUUUUCCACACGUUCCCCGCCGCGAGUCUGAAAGGAGGACGCGUGAAUUUCCCCACGCGGUGCAAAACCGACACCAGCAGCUACCUUUGCCUCUCCUUGCUCCCAGCUGACCGCGGAAUUCGUAUUGGAAGAGAAACCAGCGACAAAACUCUGCUAGCGUCGGGCUAGCUAGCCAGCCAGCUAGCUCCCAUUGCUAACUGGAGUUAGCUAGCUAGCGAGCUGUGGUAACUUGCGUCAUGGAGGAGCUGGUCGUGGAAGUCCGAGGAACGAGCGGGGCCUUUUACAAGGCCUUUGUGAAGGAUGUUCACGAGGGAUCAGUCACUGUGGCGUUUGAAAACAAUUGGCAGCCAGAACGUCAGAUCCCCUUCCAGGACGUCCGUUUUCCUCCUCCUGCAGGUUCUGGAAAGGAGAUCAACGAAAGUGAUGAGGUCGAGGUGAGAUCCAGAAAUCCAUCAGAAGUCACCAAAAAAGUUUACUCUCGAGCAAACGACAAAGAGCCGUGCGGAUGGUGGCUGGCGAAGGUUCGCAUGGUAAAGGGGGAGUUCUAUGUGAUAGAAUACGCCGCCUGUGACGCCACCUUGAACGAGAUCGUAACGCUGGAGAGGUUACGGCCGGUCAACCCCAACAAACCAGCCACCAAAAACACCUUCUUCAAGAUCAGACUGGACGUUCCUGAAGAUCUUCGUCAGAUGUGCUCUAAGGAGUCGGCGCAUAAAGACUUCAAGAAGGCCGUCGGAGCGUUCAGCGUCACAUACGACUCAGAGAAAAAGCAGCUGGUCAUUUUGUCAGUGAAUGAGGUCACACUGAAGCGGGCCAACAUGAUGAGCGACAUGCACUUCCGGAGCCUCCGCACCAAACUGACGCUCAUGCUGCGGAACGAGGAGGCCAACAGGCAGCUAGAGAGUUCCAGGCAGCUGGCGUCGCGCUUUCACGAGCAGUUCACGGUUCGGGAAGAUCUAAUGGGUCUGGCCAUCGGGACUCACGGCGCCAACAUCCAGCAGGCUCGCAAAGUUCCUGGAGUCACAAACAUCGACCUGGACGAGGAGACCUGCACGUUCCACAUUUACGGAGAGGAGCAGGAUGCUGUGAGAAUAGCCAGGAGUUUCUUGGAGUUUUCUGAAGAUGUCAUCAAAGUUCCCCGCAACUUAGUAGGGAAGGUGAUCGGAAAAAGCGGUAAGCUGAUCCAGGAAGUGGUGGAUAAGUCUGGCGUGGUGCGAGUUCGCAUCGAGCCCGAGAACGACAAGAAGCCGUUAGCAGCAGCAGCAGCAGCGGCGGCGGCGUCAGCAGACGAAGGAAUGGUGCCGUUCGUUUUUGUGGGAACCAAGGAAAGCAUCUCCAACGCAACAGUUCUGCUGGACUAUCACCUCAACUACCUGAAGGAGGUGGACCAGCUGCGCAUGGAGCGUCUCCAGAUCGACGAGCAGCUCCGACAGAUCGGAGGCAGUGGAGGGGGGUCGGGACCCCGGAACCCCAAAGACAAAGCCUACGUGUUCGAUAACGGCAUGGGUCUGGGGAUGGGCCGAGGAGGAGGGAAGCCCUACUCGGGAGGAAGAGGCGGACGCGGGCGGCGAGGGGCGGGGGCUUCAUUCACUUCAGGCACAAACUCGGAGGCCUCCAACGCUUCAGAGACAGAGUCGGACCACAGAGACGAGCUCAGCGAUUGGUCACUGGCCCCCACUGAGGAGCUAAUGACAGGAGGCGGGACUUUACCCAGACGGACAGAUGGGAGGAAGAGAGGUGGAGGUGGAGGUCCACGAGGAAGAGGAGGGAGAGGAAGAGGAGGAUAUAAAGGAUCUGUUUUUGGAUCCGGUUUAGGGGACGACAUGCAGUGGAGCGAAUCGAGACCUCGUCACAUCAGAGACCCCAAGACCAGAGUCCAGGAAGACAGCCUGCAGAUCUGUGUGGACGGAAACAACGAGCGCAGCGUGCAGCAUUCAUCGGGCGGAAGAGGAGGCGGCGUCGGGCCGUCCGGCGUUGGGGGCGGCGGCGGCGGUGAGGCCCAGCCUCGCCAUUACCAUCAGAGACCCAUGAGAGACCGAGGGAUGAAGAAAGACAAACAGGACGCUCCGGCGCUGGUGAACGGAGUGUCGUAGACGCAGCACUGGAGGACCUUCUCACAUUCGUCGCACUCUCAUUCAGAAAAACACACAACACUUUCCAUACACACCAUUGUAGAGUCUCAGUCGUUUUUUUUUUUUGACUAUUACAAAAGUUCUCACCAACAUGAAAGAGCGGAUGGUGGUGCAGUCUUUGACCAGAGAUGACCAGGUUUGUUCUUGCCGUUUGGGUUCUUCUCCGAAGGAAAAGCUAACCUCUAUACAGAAGCUUUAAAUAUCCUAAAAUACAGUAAACCAUUUUUUUUCACCCCUUUCUUUAAAAUUUUCCAGCCAAGAAAUCCGUAAUAAAUUAAACAAACCAAGGAAAUCAAUGGUCAGAAGGGAGGAGUUUCUCUUCCUUUUACCACCAGGAAUCGUUUUUUUUUUUUUUUUUUAUACCAAUACGGAACUGUGAAAGCAGCGUAAAGAAAGUGAAUUUUUAGAUGUUAAAGAGUUUCAACAGUCUGAGAAGUCUCUGCAUCGUAAAACGUCUGAAUCUAACAAAAAAAAAAGCUGAACUGAAAUCUAUUGUCCACAGGAGGCAGAAACAUUUUUGCAUCACCCAGGAGAAAAACAAAAACGACUACAUUUUGGGAAUUGUGUGACCUGUGAGAAAAUGUUUGCAGAGGGCACUUUAUGAUUUCUGUUGCUAUUUGAACGUUUGAGGCGUCCGUCGUACUGAGUUGCAUCAAGGUAUAAGCUCCAUACUGAAGUCACCUGGAGCAUGUUUUUAAUGUUCGAGUAUUUUAAAACUGCAGGAUGUUUAAAUACAAACAAAUACCUAAUUACAUUUAAAAGUCAAAUGUACAUCAAAAUUACGUCGCUCCCUGUCAAACAAUCCCAGUGAUGUGUUGCCAUUAAACUGUUGAUUUGUGAGUAAACUAUCCAGCUGCAGGGAGUUUUAAUCACACUGGAAGGGACUCAACAGCUUUCAAUGGAGCCAACAGGCUAGAUUCACAUUUGCUUAUUUUCAUUGAACACAGGAAGUGUUUGAAAACCCAUUUUGUACUUUGAAACGGUAACAGAAAGAGGCCCCCAAAGGAUGCUGUAAGUGAUGAAAAUCUUUUAUGAAAUUUAACUGUAAUUUUUAAAAGUCACAAAUUGGUCUGCGGUUAUAUUUUCUGUUUUUUUGACUCCUUAUUCACAUUGAUAGUAAUGUUUUUUUUUUCUUUUUUUCUUUGCUGUCUUUUGGUUGAAUGCUGUUAGUGUACGAGCAAAAGGAGGGAUUUCUGUAAAUUUCAUGAAGCUGUCGAGCUGUUUUGUGAUCCUUCUUUUUGGUUUGUGCCUUGGGUUAUUUUUUUUUUCUCCUUCAUGUCCAUAAAUCCAGUCUGUUGUAAAAAAAAAACAAAGAAAAAAUUAAUCUCCUGACUUCCUGUAAACAAAUCCAAAGUGUUCAGAAUCGACGGUUCUCAAAUUUCUGCAUAGAAGGGUUGUGAAGUUUGUCAAAGAGUAAUUUCGAUGGUAGGACAGCUUUUAAAAGAUCCUGUACUUUGUCUCCUACAUUUUCGCAGUUCAAGACGCAAGAUGAAUUAGAAUAGCAGGUAUUUGUGGAGUUUAGAGAUUGUUUCAGGAUUUGUUGAAAUAAAAUUCACUGUAAAGCGUAACAAACAAAAGAGAAUCUUAAGAUUUUCCUGUACAUUCUUAAGUGCUUUUAUUUUGAAAAGAAACGUCACAGCUUGUAUGGGUUUAGUUCAGGGAUGGGAAACUCCAGGCCUUGAGGGCCGGUGUGUCUGCAUGAUUCCCAGAUAGACUUUAACUGCGAUCUAAAGUGUGUGUGGUGUGUAAAAGUCUGAAAAAAAACAGCUUUUUGUCCUCUAUGUUGCUUUAACUUGGCCAAACGUAGUCAUGCUAAGCUGAACGUAAACAUAGCUAAGCUGAAAUAUUUAAAAUAUUAAUUUUCUAACCCUUAGUAUUGAAAAUAUUACAUCAUUUGAAUGAACUUAAUUUUUUUAAAUUUAGUGUAGUUUGGGUUAAAGCAAAACUAAAUAGUUUUAAAUACAAACACUUUUAUGUCAAUGCUUUUAGAAAAUAGUGUUGAUUCAUUUACAGGUUAGUUAUGGAAGUUUAACUUUUGAUUUACCUGCUUAUUUAUUUUAAACUUAAAAAAAAUAAAAUAAGGCAGCAUUUAGCUUAAAAUAAAAUGUGCUUCGUGUAAGAACUCCCCUCCUUCAGCAUAGCUAAGAUAAACGGCACAGUUGGGUUGAUUAAAAACUGAAGUUAGCAUUUAAUAGAAAUGAUUAGGAUCAUAGAUUUUGUUUGUUUCGUCACCAGCUACCAGUUUACUUAAAAGUUGACAGAAAAAGGUGGCGAGAAAGCUGUGGAUGUUCAGGAAAACCUUAAGUCGUUUUUUGUGCCUUUAAAUGUGGUUAGAGAUGUGUAAAUCAGGGAUGAAGACGGAUCCAUAGAGGUUCAGGUGUUUGUCUCUGAGUCACUGACAAAGCUGAGCAAAAUUGUCCUUUUUUUUUUUAAAGUCCAAGCAGGUUUACAAGCGGAGUGACAGAAUAAAUCCAGAGAAUCGUCUCUGUAAACACUUAGAAUGAUGUCGUGUACAGAUGGAAGCUCGUGACCCGGUUCAGCCAAUCUCAGAAGUGGGUUCGGUUCCUGACUGGCUGUUUUAGUGUCAUGUUUACACCCCCCUCUUCUAGUGUGAGGAAGCAGACGUGCAGCUUCACCCAUUGAUGUUGAUGACAGAAUAUGGUCUGUAGUGGGAAAUUCAGUCUAUGCCUUUCAUUUAAAACAUUUUAGGACUCUUCAACAAAGGAAAACAUUUGAUUAAGUCAAUGUUUUUCUUAUUUUUUUGACUUAAAGGGGAAACUUUGGUAACACUUUGGGAAAGAAGGUGAUCACCUCAGCAUCAAAGAAUCAUGGGGAACUUUUAACUUUUACAAAACUAGGCAGAAACCAACAUAUAACCUGAGUAAUAAUCAUAAAACAAUAUCUUCUUUUUUGCUUUUUUCCAUUCAGUUUUCAUGACAGGAGUCUGUUUCAGUUUCACUAACAUGGUUUUUUCUUUUUAUUUUCCUGUUUUAGCAUCAAGAAGUGCAAACGACCUCUGUGUUGUCAAUAGAACAGCUACAGUAUGGACUUGCUUUAUAUUGUUUGGGGAUACAAAUGGAGGAAGAGGAAGGUGGAAUAAUGUGUAUAUAAUGAUGUCAUUAUUUGUCUGAGAAAUGAUUUGUAACGUUUCAAAUGUGCACUUAUCCUGAUAUUUUCUUCUUUUGCUGUUUAAUAUCAAGUUAAAUGCUAGCGCUCUUGAUAAAUAAACUUAAUGAUGUGCAGAAUCGUAGUACGCGCCACAGCAAGGUGGAGUUGCAUACAUUUUUCUUUGUCGGAUUUGUAUUGGAUGAAAAGGCAAACACUGAAUACACACACUGAUUAUUAGUUGCUCCUGUACAAAAACCUGAAGUGACACCAUCCAAAAAUCUCUAUACAACCUUUUGAUAUAAGUUUCUUUAUCCAUAUUUGGGGAAACCAUUUUUGACCAAAUUGUAGUUAAAAACUGAGGUUUGGAUAAAUGUAAUUUCAUCACGAUUCCCAAAACCUUUUGGGAUUAUGCUGAAGAAGCCAUCUUUUUUUGGCUUGUUUUCUUUAUAAUGUAAAGGUUUGUCACAUUUGACAGCAAAGUUACUGAAUACUUUUUAUUGUUUUUUUCAGAUACCCUUAAAUGGUAAAACACACUCUAAAAAAUGACCUUGUCAAAUUUCCUCAGACCUGUCUACACUCACUCGGUUUGCCGACUAGAGACAGAAAAGUGUGAAACAACUUUAUGAGGCGUUUCUACUAAAGUAUGUGAACGUCCGUCACAAAAUAGGUUUAAACUCCAAACCAAUUCAUGUUUCAAUUCUGCUGGGAGUUUGUCAGUGUAAUCCUAGUUCAGUGGGAUUAUUAAUAAUUUAUCUAUUUCCCACAACUUUCUCCAACGAGUCGCCUUAAGAAAGGAGUCAAGCAUCUUUGCUGUUAUUUAAAUUAUUCCUUUUUUGACUGUUGUUACCCUAAAAUGCAUGAAAUCCGUACAAAGUCUUAAAGGAAUUGGGGCAAAAAUUGCAGAAUGUUCGCCCUCUUGUCACACAAUAACCAUCAAGAUGAUGAUGUCAGAUGUUCAUCUUUAAUCCGUAAAAUUGAUCUGACUAAAUUACAAAUUAUAAUUAUUUUUUUAACCAUGGAAUACCACAGUUUAUCCAGACAAGUAGAGUUAAAAUUUCAAAGCAUUUUCAAAAUAAAAGCCAUCGGUUGCUGCUAAGAGUCUUUGUAAAAUGAUGAAUAUUAAAUUACAGACGAAUACUUAACACUAAUGUUUGUUUAUUUUUGUCCUAAUAACAGCGGCCAAAAAAAAAAAAUAAAAAAAAAAUAACAAGAGCGGCCCGAUUUGACACAAUGAAAUCUCCAGGGUUAAAAGAAAUGAGGAUUCUGGGACUCCACACACUAACAAGAUCACAAGGUCUUAGCUGAAAACUACAAAAUAAGAACAAAGCUGAAUAAAAACAGGUUUGAUUUGGUCAGAAUGUAAAUAAAUGAACACAUUUAA